AUUGGAGCCCUGCCCCAACUGUGUGACGUGCUUCGGCUGCUGCAGGAGGAACAGGACCAGUGCCUGCGGGAGCUCUCCGAGGAGAGGCAAGAGGAUGUCAGCCCAGAGCUUCCAGCACCAGCUCGACACAGCACCUGCACAGAUCAAGUACUGGGUGUGUGUUUGUUGAGUGACUUACUGAGUGAACGAGUGAGAGCACAUACUUGACCGAGAGCAGGGAGAAAGGUGAAACAGGAGAGGCAUCCCAAGGGGACACUGAAGUAGUGCCUUCAAGUAGCCUACACCCCCUGCAGAGGACGUGACUGCCCCUUGUUUGCCUGGCUUGUCACAAAUUGACUGAGUUUUCACUGAGGAUAAGGGGGUCUGGUGCUUUGAAACAUGGUUUAAAAACCUACGAAGUUGAGGACGUCCGUGGAUCCUGUGUGCUGGAAAGGUCUUCAGGCCUCCCCUGCCAAGCGGUUCAGAAAGCGAGGCCCAGGGAUCCAUCUGGAAGGGGAGAGAGGACCAUUGCUGCAGUCACGUAACACAAGCUGAGGCCAUCUUCUGUUGCAGAGAAAUCCAGACCCACAUAGGCUGCGAGGGGCUGUGGGACAACAUGAGCUGCUGGCCCUCCUCUGCACCAGGACAGACUGUGGAAGUGGCAUGUCCGAGGUUCCUCCAGAUGCUCACGAGCAGAAACGGUUCCCUGUUCCGAAACUGCACAUCAGACGGCUGGUCAGAAACCUUCCCCAGGCCUGACCUGGCCUGUGGGGUUAACGUGAACGACUCUUCCAAUGAGAGGCGGCAUGCCUACCUGCUGAAGCUGAAGGUCAUGUACACCGUGGGCUACAGCUCCUCCCUGGUGAUGCUCCUUAUUGCUCUCGGCAUCCUCUGCGCUUUCCGGAGGCUCCACUGCACCCGCAACUACAUCCACAUGCACCUGUUUGUGUCCUUCAUCCUGCGUGCCCUGUCCAACUUCAUCAAAGAUGCUGUGCUUUUCUCCUCCGAUGAAGUCACCUAUUGUGAUACCCACAGGGUGGGCUGUAAACUGGUUAUGAUCUUCUUCCAAUACUGCAUCAUGGCCAACUACGCCUGGUUGCUGGUGGAAGGCCUCUACCUUCACACACUCCUCGUCAUCUCCUUCUUCUCAGAAAGGAAGUGCCUCCAGGGAUUUGUUGCCCUCGGAUGGGGUUCUCCAGCUGUUUUUGUUGCUUCAUGGGCUAUCACCAGGCACUUUCUGGAAGACUUUGGGUGCUGGGACAUCAAUGCCAACACUUCUAUCUGGUGGGUCAUUCGAGGGCCUGUGAUUCUGUCCAUCCUGAUCAAUUUCAUCUUAUUUAUAAACAUUUUAAGAAUCCUGAUGAGAAAACUUAGGACCCAAGAAACAGGAGGAAAUGAAGUGAACCAUUAUAAGCGCCUGGCCAAGUCCACCCUCCUGCUGAUCCCCCUCUUCGGUGUCCACUACAUCGUCUUUGCCUUCUCCCCUGAGGACGCCAUGGAGGUCCAGCUGUUCUUUGAACUGGCCCUUGGCUCGUUCCAGGGGCUGGUGGUGGCCGUCCUCUACUGUUUCCUCAACGGGGAGUGUAACGAGAUGGCAGGUCCAAGAGCCCAGGACAGAGGGAAGCCUCAGUACCUGUGGGACAUGGGGCAAUGGUCUAAGUGGCCUGCAGCUGAUGGCUGGUCUCCGGCAGGUACAGCUAGAAGUUCAGAAGAAGUGGCGGCAGUGGAAUCUCCAAGACUUUCCACUGCGUCCUGUGGCCCUCAGUUCCUCCUUCAGCAAUGGCACCAGCGGCCCCACUCAUGGCACCAAGGGCAGCCCCUCAGAGCAGAGCUGGGGCAUCUGCAGGGCCAGUGUCAUCUGAGAGGACCGAACGAUGUUGACCAUGGACAGAGGUUAAAGCAGGUCCUGGAGGGCUGAACACCGCUUUGGGACAGAGCUGUCUUGCCAGCAGACAUCCUACGCUCCCCCUGUGGCUACAAACGUCCCUCCCCCAGGCCUGGGAUGCCUCAGAACUGAAGUGACUUGGGGUACCAUGAGGCAGGGUGAGGGACUGGGACUUGGUCUGUGGUGCUUUUCUGGGAAAAGCAGUUCAGGGGACCAAGAAAGGAGGCAGGGAAAUAAAUGGUACCUGGGAAGAGAUCUGCUCUAUUUGUUAGUCUUUUUGUCCUGCAACACAAGAGAAGGGAAUAUGCCCUGACUGGCUCCCUGGCAGGAAGAGGGGGCUUCCCUGGACCCCAGCUGAUUUUUAGAGACAAGCUUAGAGGCUCCGAAAACGAGCAAUCCAGGUCCCUGGCCCAAGGCAGAUCCUGUCUAUCUCCCAUUGUAACUCACCUGGCUAGUAGCUCUCACCAGGGCCUUUGGGAUAACAAUUAAUCUGAUAAAGUAUCAGGAAAGACCGGGUGUGGUGGCGCACACCAGU